AGGACCUAUUUAAAGCUACCCUGUUGCUCGCUGCCAGCUCUGUUUGCCGGGGUCUCUGGCCAUCCCAGACCAGAGGUGUGGGCUGGGGAUCCUCCCGGUGACCUGCCCAGUCCAGGUCCCCUCAGCCACUCUGCCCCAAGAUGGGCCGUGGGGCCGGCCGCGAGUACUCGCCCGCAGCCACCACCGCGGAGAAUGGGGGCGGCAAGAAGAAGCAGAAGGAGAAGGAGCUUGACGAGCUGAGAAGGAUGGUGGCCAUGGACGACCACAAGCUGUCCUUGGAUGAGCUGGGCCGCAAAUACCAAGUGGACCUAUCCAAGGGCCUCACCAACCAGCGGGCCCAGGACAUUCUGGCCCGGGACGGACCCAACGCCCUCACCCCGCCCCCGACAACCCCCGAGUGGGUCAAGUUCUGCCGCCAGCUCUUCGGGGGUUUCUCCAUCUUGCUGUGGAUCGGGGCCAUCCUCUGCUUCCUGGCCUACGGCAUCCAGGCCGCCAUGGAGGACGAACCAUCCAACGACAACCUCUAUCUGGGCGUGGUGCUGGCAGCCGUGGUCAUUGUCACCGGCUGCUUCUCCUACUAUCAGGAAGCCAAGAGCUCCAAGAUCAUGGAUUCCUUCAAGAACAUGGUGCCACAGCAAGCCCUGGUGGUGCGGGAAGGAGAGAAGAUGCAGAUCAACGCAGAGGAGGUCGUGGUGGGGGACCUGGUGGAGGUGAAGGGCGGGGACCGCGUACCCGCGGACCUCCGGAUCAUCUCUUCUCACGGCUGCAAGGUGGAUAACUCAUCCCUAACAGGCGAGUCCGAGCCCCAGACCCGCUCCCCCGAGUUCACCCAUGAGAACCCCUUGGAGACCCGCAACAUCUGCUUCUUCUCCACCAACUGCGUGGAAGGCACGGCCAGGGGCAUCGUGAUCGCCACGGGAGACCGGACAGUGAUGGGCCGCAUAGCCACCCUGGCCUCGGGCCUGGAGGUGGGGCGGACGCCCAUCGCCAUGGAGAUCGAGCAUUUCAUCCAGCUGAUCACGGGGGUGGCCGUGUUCCUGGGGGUCUCUUUCUUCGUGCUCUCCCUCAUCCUGGGCUACAGCUGGCUGGAGGCUGUCAUCUUCCUCAUCGGCAUCAUCGUGGCCAAUGUGCCUGAGGGGCUGCUGGCCACUGUCACCGUGUGUCUGACCCUGACAGCCAAGCGCAUGGCUCGUAAGAACUGCCUGGUGAAGAACCUGGAGGCCGUGGAGACGCUCGGCUCCACAUCCACCAUCUGCUCCGACAAGACGGGCACCCUCACCCAGAACCGCAUGACCGUCGCCCACAUGUGGUUCGACAACCAGAUCCACGAAGCGGACACCACGGAAGAUCAGUCCGGGGCCACUUUCGACAAACGAUCCCCCACGUGGACGGCACUGUCUCGGAUUGCCGGCCUCUGCAACCGUGCCGUCUUCAAGGCCGGGCAGGAGAACAUCUCUGUGUCUAAGCGGGACACGGCUGGUGAUGCCUCCGAGUCAGCCCUGCUCAAGUGCAUCGAGCUGUCCUGCGGCUCCGUGCGGAAGAUGAGGGACAGAAACCCCAAGGUGGCAGAGAUCCCUUUCAAUUCCACCAACAAGUACCAGCUGUCCAUCCACGAGCGAGAGGACAGCCCCCAGAGCCACGUGCUGGUGAUGAAGGGGGCCCCGGAGCGCAUCCUAGACCGCUGCUCCACCAUCCUGGUGCAGGGCAAGGAGAUCCCUCUGGACAAGGAGAUGCAGGACGCCUUUCAGAACGCCUACAUGGAGCUGGGCGGGCUGGGGGAGCGCGUGCUGGGGUUUUGUCAGCUGAAUCUGCCUUCCGGGAAGUUUCCGCGGGGCUUCAAGUUUGACACGGACGAGCUGAACUUCCCCACGGAGAAGCUCUGCUUCGUGGGGCUCAUGUCCAUGAUCGACCCUCCCCGGGCUGCCGUGCCAGACGCCGUGGGCAAGUGCCGCAGCGCGGGCAUCAAGGUGAUCAUGGUGACCGGGGACCACCCCAUCACAGCCAAGGCCAUCGCCAAAGGUGUGGGCAUCAUAUCAGAAGGCAACGAGACUGUGGAGGACAUCGCGGCCCGGCUCAACAUUCCUGUCAGCCAGGUCAACCCCAGAGAAGCCAAGGCGUGCGUGGUGCACGGCUCCGACCUGAAGGACAUGACAUCGGAGCAGCUGGACGAGGUCCUCAAGAACCACACAGAGAUCGUGUUCGCGCGCACGUCCCCGCAGCAGAAGCUCAUCAUCGUGGAGGGUUGCCAGCGGCAGGGGGCCAUCGUGGCAGUGACCGGGGACGGCGUGAACGACUCCCCCGCACUGAAGAAGGCGGACAUCGGCAUCGCCAUGGGCAUCUCAGGCUCCGACGUGUCCAAGCAGGCCGCCGACAUGAUCCUGCUGGACGACAACUUUGCCUCCAUCGUCACGGGCGUGGAGGAGGGCCGCCUGAUCUUCGACAACCUGAAGAAGUCCAUCGCCUACACCCUGACCAGCAACAUCCCCGAGAUCACACCCUUCCUGCUGUUCAUCAUCGCCAACAUCCCCCUGCCGCUGGGCACCGUCACCAUCCUCUGCAUCGACCUGGGCACCGACAUGGUCCCCGCCAUCUCCUUGGCCUACGAGGCCGCGGAGAGUGACAUCAUGAAGCGACAGCCGAGGAACCCCCAGACGGACAAGCUGGUGAACGAGAGACUCAUCAGCAUGGCCUACGGACAGAUUGGGAUGAUCCAAGCCCUGGGUGGCUUUUUCACCUACUUCGUCAUCCUGGCGGAGAACGGUUUCCUGCCCUCGCGGCUGCUGGGAAUCCGUCUGGACUGGGACGACCGGUCCAUGAACGACCUGGAGGACAGCUAUGGGCAGGAGUGGACCUACGAGCAGCGGAAGGUGGUGGAGUUCACGUGCCACACGGCCUUCUUUGCCAGCAUCGUGGUCGUGCAGUGGGCCGACCUCAUCAUUUGCAAGACCCGGCGCAACUCAGUCUUCCAACAGGGCAUGAAGAACAAGAUUCUGAUUUUCGGGCUGCUGGAGGAGACGGCGCUGGCGGCCUUCCUGUCCUACUGCCCGGGCAUGGGCGUAGCCCUCCGCAUGUACCCGCUCAAGGUCACCUGGUGGUUCUGCGCCUUCCCCUACAGCCUCCUCAUCUUCAUCUAUGAUGAGGUCCGGAAGCUCAUCCUGAGACGGUACCCUGGGGGCUGGGUGGAGAAGGAGACCUACUACUGAGCUGUCCAAGGAAGACCAGGCUCCGGGCCAGGACGCCUGGAGGUGGUGCGGGGAUGGUGAUGCAGAGAAGACGCGGUGCUGGGGGAGGGUCGGGGGAGGGACAGAGAGGCCACUCGGCGGGCUCAGCGGGGAGGAGUGGGUGAAUAAGCUCGGAGCCAUUGCCUUGCAGACCCAACUGAGAACAAUCGGAGAGACACCACAUGCUGGGGUCCUUCCCAGUUCCGGCUGCACCCUGUCCACUUUUUCCGAGGAACUGAGGGUCACCCCAGCACCCACCACCCACUGUCUGCCCCUGCACACCCACCUCCCACUAGAACAGAUCAACACCCAAAGGCAGGGACCUGUCUCAACCAGGAGGAAGGAACUGUCUCAGAUCACCCGCGUCCUUUCACCUCUCCGGCCUUACCCUGCUGUCACCCCACCUCUCCUCUGCUUCCUGCCCGACCCUGCCCCUGCUCCCCCUCGAGAGCAGACACAGCUCCUCCUGGUGAAUGCCAGGCGUGGGGCUGGAAAGGGAAGCUGCGCAGAAGGCGGCAUCCCUAGGCAAGCCCGGAUGGGAACGUCUAGAGGCAAGAGGGCAGGGGAGUGGGAGGCCGAGGACUGACACAGCCAAGGGAGCUGGGGAGGAGCGAGCCAAGGACAGGACAAGAUGUGUGGUCUCCAGCCCUGGGUCCUGCCUUUCAGAAAUUCCUGCCAGUAGGCCAAACUCAAAUGUCCGCAGAGCAGGCCAGAGCAAUCCAGGAGCUCCCCUGGGUCCUCCACCCCGGCAGCUUGCGAUCCCCACCGACUCUGCUUUGUGUCGUCCGGGCCAUGAGGCCCAGGUGUCACAAAGGCUCCAGUACACUCAGUCCCUUGCACCUGGUGACACCCCCCCCUCCAGAACGCUAAGUCCUCCGAAGCCCUGUCUUGUUCCCAGAGGGCAGCGGCCAGUCCGUUCCCUGCCCCCACCACCCCUUCCCCUUUGGGUCCCUCCUGAUGAACCUGAGUCAUUCCAGGAGCUGCCUGGCCGUCAGCUGGAACUAGGAUGGAGGAAGUUUCCGGAACCUUCCUGCUGCCCAGGGACGUCCAGAAUCAGCUCGGGUCAGGGGUGUGGUCAGACCCUCUGGGCAGCGAGAGCGCGAACGUGAGGAGGGUUGGUCCUCCCAGGCAGACAAAGGCCCUUCGUGUUAGUGAUCAGUUGGUUUCAGGUUCCCUCGGGAGACCCUCGGCCUUCCCUUGCCGGCUCCCUGCCUAGAAGGUUUGCUCUGCAGGCAGCCCGGCCCCUUCCCUAAGCCUGGCCCAGACGGCACUGGGAAAGAGACCCCCGGGUGGGCCCAGCGAGAGUGCCACCGGGGGAAGCCGCAAGACCUAAGACAGAAAGGAAGGAGGCCUGGGAGGGCCCUCCCGCCGGCUCUCACCUCCCUCCACUGGUACUUUACCAGAAGGACUUUGAAAUGAGUGAGUCGUUGCUUUGGGCUCGGGAAACUAAAUGAGAAACCAUGUUCCUUCGGGCCGAUUAAUUUGAGAUGUGUUGACUAUGGACAAAGCUUAUCUUUGCACAAUC